AUUGUCAACUUGACAAUUGACAUUGACGUAAUCUCGAAAAGGUUUUCAGAAGUGAAUUUUAUUUAAAACAAAAGAAUUCUAAAAUAUUUUCUACUGAAACAAAUAAACCUAUAUCUAUAGUGCGUGUUACUAAUCUACAACAAUGAAUAACUUAUUACGUAGGAGCAUAUUUCCAAUUUAUGCUAACUCUCUAAAGUUAUCAUGCCGUUCAUUUGCUGAUGUUCCGAUAAAAGAAAAAAUCGACAAUAUAGUUAAAAAUAAUAAAGUGGUAGUAUUUAUGAAAGGUGUGCCAGACGCUCCAAGAUGUGGGUUCAGCAAUGCGGUAGUUCAGAUUAUGAGGAUGCACGCAGUUACUUACGAUAGCCACGAUGUUUUGUCGGAUGAAGACCUAAGACAAGGUAUCAAAGACUACUCUAACUGGCCAACGAUCCCACAAGUUUUUAUCAAUGGUGAAUUUGUCGGAGGAUGUGACAUAAUGCUGCAAAUGCACCAAUCAGGUGAGCUCAUUGAGGAACUCAAGAAGGUUGGCAUUAAAAGUGCACUCCUUACUGCUGAGGAGUCGAAAAAAGAGGAGGUCAAAUAAUAAUUGAAUAUUAGGUUUAAAUACUUUAAUAGAUAUGCAUAGGUUAUUAUAAUUUAUUGUUGUAUUACUCAUGUGGCUACGUAGUUGUGUUACGGAAAUUAUCAAUUUUAUUGUAAUAUAUUAUGUAAUAUAAUAUAACAGUAUAUAGCAUAGUAUACUUCAACUGUAUCUAUCACUAGCAAGCUGUCUUAGUUGUUUGUAUGAAAUAUACAAAGUUCUCAUUUGA